CAAACUCCACGAGCAGUGUGUGUCUCGCAGUGCGCGCUGCCUCUUGUGCGUAACUGGCGACACAAGGCUUUAACAAAAAAAACUACAGCACUGCGCACGGGAAAGACCGAGAGAUAACAGAAACAAAAGGUUGCUAAUGUUCCUGUAACGUUAGCCUAACAUGGAGACUUACUUAUCUGGUUUCCGGACUUUAUAGUUGCAACAACUUACUGGAUACGUUGUGGCCACGGAGCGAACUGGGCUUGUGUCGCCAACAUUUUGCGGACCCUCUAUGGAACUGAAGAUGAGAGCAGCUCGCCAGGACGCAAUGGGCCCUCGGGUAUUUUACCAAUGUGCUCUAUAUCUGUUCACUGAUCACACAACCUUAACGCACAGCGCGUCUCCACUGAUUACAUUCUCUAGGACUAAUGACUUGAUCAACAUUUGAAUGCUUCCAAGUUAAGUGUUUUGGGGCGGAAAGGCACACACUAAAAAUUAACCAAGAGAAGAUGCGUUCAGGAUGGAUGUAGCCAAGUUUACCACCGUUACCAAUACCUCGCAGGAUACCAACACCUCGAGCGCCCCAAGACCUCUCCCGCAAACGGAGGUGGGCUCCGCGCUCAUAAUCCUUGUGGUCACCGUGAUCAUUCUGGUCACCAUCGUCGGUAACGCGCUGGUCAUCGUGGCCGUGCUCACCAGCCGGGCUCUCCGCGCCCCCCAGAACCUUUUCCUGGUGUCUCUGGCGUGCGCAGACAUCCUCGUGGCGACACUGGUCAUCCCGUUCUCCCUUGCCAAUGAGGUCAUGGGUUACUGGUACUUUGGGAGCACCUGGUGCGCCUUUUAUCUGGCACUGGAUGUCCUCUUCUGCACCUCCUCCAUAGUCCACCUGUGCGCCAUCAGUCUGGACCGCUACUGGUCAGUCACCAAGGCCGUGAGCUACAACCUGAAGCGGACCCCCAAGCGAAUCAAGUCCAUGAUAGCCGUGGUGUGGGUCAUCUCCGCCGUCAUCUCCUUCCCACCUCUCAUCAUGACCAAGCACAACGAGCACGAGUGUCUGUUAAACAACGAGACCUGGUACAUCCUAUCUUCUUGCCUCGUGUCCUUCUUCGCCCCGGGCCUCAUCAUGAUCCUGGUGUACUGUAAAAUCUAUAAAGUGGCCAAGCAGCGCUCCUCCACCGUGUUCGUGGCUAAGACCGGCCUGGAGAGGCAGCCCUCUCAGUCCGAGACGUGCUUCGUGAGGAAGGAGCGGAUGGAGAUGGAGAGCCCCAGUAGCCAGAGCUCCGAGGACCACCACAGACAGGAGGAGCUGGAUUAUAUCGACUUGGAGGAGAGCUGCUGUGCGUCGGACAACAAACCACGGAACCACCGCUUCUCCAAGCGUAGGAAGGUGGAGGUCUCGGACUGCUGCCCGCCACAGAGCUGCCGUCUCUCCUGGGCCUCAGCGCGCGCCUCGCAGCUUUUCCAAGACCCCAAAAACGCUACCAACGCGACCCUGGUGGCCCAGCGACAUCAACUCGUGGCGGCUGCGUCCAAGACUAAAGUGGCCCAGAUGCGCGAGAAGCGCUUCACGUUCGUGCUGGCCGUGGUGAUGGGGGUGUUCGUGCUCUGCUGGUUCCCUUUCUUUUUCACAUACAGCCUGCACGCGAUCUGCAGAGAGAGCUGCUACAUACCCGGCGCGCUCUUCAACGCCUUCUUCUGGAUUGGCUACUGUAACAGCUCAGUGAACCCUAUGAUAUAUACCAUUUUCAACAGGGAUUUCCGUAAAGCGUUUAAGAAAAUUGUAUGCCGGACUUCAAAACGCACUAAUACCACUUGAAAAGAAGGGUCACUUUGAAGCUGGGACUGACUGACUGUGCGUCACUGCUCAUCGAAACACACGUCAGUCCUUCACCUAAGCACGCAUCCCUGCACCUCUGAAUGACUAUAUUCGUUCCAAAAGGAACGUUUUUUAUUUAAUAAUAAUAAUAAUAUGAUAUCAAAAUAUCUCGUGUUGUGCGCUAAUGUGUGAAUAUUAGAAACAAUGUACAGAGGAAAUAGGGUAUAUCAAACAAAAGCUAAAUAGAGUAUUGUCAUUGAUGAUUUAAUAUGGCUCUACUGAAUCAUAUUGACCCCUGCUUUCAAAGUUAGGAAUUCGUUUAAUAUUCAGUGAGGUAACUCAUAUAUUUAGGCCACAGCAUAAUUCCAGGGCCUUUUUACGACCCGUUAUUUUCUGUACUUUCAUGAAUCUUUUAUGUCCCAUAAAGAUAUGAAAAAAAUCUAUUUCAGAGUAAAAGUGAAGUCAUAACCCAGAUUUCGAGGCUGAUGGACCUGUGUGUGUGGCACUGAGAGGUUUAGGUUUUUCAAAAAAAAUAUUCAUCAAACUGUCAUCAAUAAGACAUGAGAGAGACUGAGUUGACAUACAUUUUUUUUAACUUUGACUUUUUCAAAGAAUCUCAAAACGCAUAAAAAGUCAAAUAACAAAACAAAAAGUUGAAAUUAUAGAAAUUGAAAGUGUCCGUCGGCUUCGGAUGAAGUUGAGGCAGUUUGGGCUGGAAAGGCAGUGUAGGCUGAGUGUACAGUAGGUUCACCCUGUACACGGUUGUAGCAUCUACUUAGGCAUUUCUUUCAUGAGUAGCCAAACUAGUUAGGAAUGGCUGCAAUUGCUUGGUCGAGUUUAAUAGAGACGUGUCAAAAUGUAAUUAACUUUGAGUCGUGUUUAAUCCAUUAUCUAAAACGGUAUCCGACUAUGACAGAUGUCAGGUGAGUUGAUGACGCAGAUCUCUUUGAGUGGGCUUCGGGUCUCCCUCAUCGCUGAACCCCCAAAUGCAUGCGCUGUUGUCCGUGGUGCUGAAACGCCGCGCACUACGCCGAUGGCACUAUGCUGUGACGCGAAUGCGUGACAUGGCAUAUUCAAUGGUUUGCAAAACCAUAUAUGAACUGUUAUCAAUCAGAAAAAUAUAGUGAUAUGGGAAUAUAUCUCAUGAUAUCGUGCCUCAUUUAAACACUGUAUGUAAGCAGAUAGAUCGAUCAUGCUUGGCACUUUUGCUAAAAUGAAUAUUUCCUCAUAAGUGAUGAGAAUGACGAUUGGGAGAAAUUGCCUAUGGUAUGAGCCACCUUCAUAGCAUAAACACAAUCUAAUAUGAUUUAUGCUGCAAUUAUUUUAAUCUUCAGCCAAAGAAGAAGCUAUUGGCCAGAAGAUUAAAAACAGACCUUGAAAUCAUUACUCAGACAUUAUUGAGUGGGCUCCAUGUUUUAACCUUUGGAAAUAGAAAACUCGUGUCACUACAAAUGUGUCACUACAUGCUCCAUAAUUGUGUGUGUGUGUGUGUGUGUGUCACAGGCGGCUGGUGGCACCAUCAUUGGGGAGGACAGGCUAGAACGGCAUGUACUUAGCGGUAUAAAACACAUCAAACACAUAGCUUGAUACCAAUCCAUUCACUCCAUUCCAGCCAUUAAUAUUAGCUAUCCUCCCUUUUACCAGCCUCACCAUGUGUGCGUGUGAGAGACAGAGAGACAAAGAGAGAGAGAGAGGGGGAGAGGAACAGAUUGAAAACAACUACUACCUCUGUCUGUACGUUGUCUACUGCUACCUAAGUGAACGUCUUCAGCUUUGUGGUCUGCCAGGCCUCCGGUGAGAUGGAGCCAGUAUUGGUUCAACAAUGGAGUCACGUCGUUACCCAAGCUUUGCUCUCUAACCCUCUUUGUUCUGUUUGAUAUUGCAGUAUUAUGCUUGGUCUAAUUUAAACAGUAGGCUGAUUGCUUUGAAUUCCAACUCUUUAUUUACUGAUUCUACAUUUUUAAACCAACAAAGCCUCAAGACUUUUCUACCAUGACAAAUAAAUCCACAAUUGGCCAUAUUGCAGACAGGAGCAACAUGAGAGUGAUUCAGUGAUGUCAAAGAAGACAUGUGCGUUAGAUCUCUAGAUGUGUUGGAUGUGGAGACUGACAGCAAAUGUUGUCAUGGGUACAUCGUUUACUGUAGAGCUGCUGGGUGAAGGGUUAAGCAGAAGGCGAUGUGGAGACUGACAAAUUACAUUAUGAGGAAAUAUGGGCUAGCGACUCUAAGGCUGUGGUUUUAAUACCCAGAGAAGCCACAUACUUAUCAUGUAGGAUAGAUGUAAAUGUUGCAUUGGACCUUUGUUCUAUAGAUAGCCAAUUAUAACCUGUUACACUUGAACUGGGUCAUGUCUCAUGUUGGGUCGUUCAAGACAUACAUGGGAUGUAAAAUUCAAAUACAGUAUUAUAGAGAAUAUGGUGAUAUAGGGAUAUUAGUGCAUGAGAAAAACAGAAUGAGGUCAGAGAGAGGGAAGCCAUCUUGGUUCUAUUGUCUGAGCCCUGGCAGGGGGUGAGAAAUAAAUACACUAUUUAUAACCACUGAAGAAUGUCUUCAAAGUCCCAAUGCCAUCAGAUGUAUUGGCAUGGUGCCAAACACACUAAACUGGACUAAGAGUAUUUAACAGUCAAGUGGCUGAGAAAAAUAAGGAAUCAAACAAGGCAUUAUUUGGUUCUCCUGGGUUUUACUGAAGUAGAAAUGCUUUAACAAGUUGUUUGGGUUUAUUCGGGAGGUGGUUGUAACGGGCGGGAGUGAUCAGGCACUAUUUUGUAUGUCUAUUUUAUCUCUAAGGGAGAUGGUUUGAAGAGGGCUGCAUAUUAUUUAUAAACAGAAAUAGAGAUUGCAUGAGAUAUGUAGGACUGAUUUGACGAUGGAGACUAUACAUAUAUUUAGCUCAAACACAUCUGCUGUUGGUGGAAUUCAUUCAAAUGUUUCACAUCAAUAGCUUUUUCCCCCAGGUAUAACUCUUCACUUUUGACCUAAGAUUGAAUCAUCAUCUGCUUAAUUCCAAAACAAUUAUUUUCAAACCAGCAAGAUCACAGUUCUGUAAAUGUGUUAUUGGUGUGUAAUGUAAUUUAUCAAUGGAUAUAUACUCGAUGUAGCAUAUAUAGUGACUUCAGAAAGUAUUCACACUCCUUAACCUUUCCCACAUGUUGUUGUGUUACAGCCUGGCCUGUACACAAUACCCCAUAAUGUCAAAGUGCAAUUAUGUUUUUAGAAAUGUAUAGAAAUGUGAAGCUGAAAUGUCUUGAGUUAAUAAGUAUUCAAUAGGUAUUCUACCCCUUUAUACGGCAAGCCUAAAUAAGUUACGGAGGAAAAAAUUGGCUUCAUAAGUUGCAUGGACUCACUCUGUAUAUAAUAACAGUGUUUAACAUGAUUCUGAAUGACUACCUCAUCUCUGUACCCCACACAUACAAUUAUCUGUAAGGUCCCUCAGUUGAGCAGUGAAUUUCAAACACAUAUUCAACCGUAAAGACCAGGGAGGUUUUCCAAUGCCUCACAAAGAAGGGUACCUAUUGGUAGAUGGGUAUAAAAAAAAUAAAGCAGAAGUUGAAUAUC